AUGUCAAGUCAUAAUAGUAGAGAAAUAUCAUCAGAUGAGAUAAGAAACAUGAAGAAAAAUCUUUCAGCUUGUCAGAAUAAAAACUGCAAUCACACUGAUUGCCUUCACGUUGAAAACAAUUUUCGAUAUAAUCGAACCGAUCCGGAUCCCAACGGUUUAUCCCCCCCUAUCACUAACAUAUACGAGAGAGACGUUAACGAUGAAGUUUGUUUUAAACAUUUUGACAACGAUAAAUCUAGAUGCCGCUACUCUUUCUACAAAAAUUUUACGAAUAAAAAUGAUGAUCUGUCGACUGUAGAACUGCUGAUGAGAACUUACCAGCAACAAAAAACGGUCGCAGAAGACGAUUUUGUCUUUAAUUAUGGCUCUCGUAAAAUUCUACAAAACAUGUACAAAAUGUGGUUGCAUCAAGUCAUGUGCGAUUUGAAUAUAAUAACGAAAGGUGGAGACAUCUUAACACAUCAAGUCCUCAUAUCAGCGUUCAGCCCUUCUCUUUCUAAACUUUUUUGUCAAAAAACUACUCAGAGAAUAGCAACCAUAAAUUUGAGUACAAUUUCUAGAGAAAUUGUUGCUGAUGUUUUAAACUUUUUGUACACGGCUGAUAUUCAGUUAAGUUGUCGAAUUAUCGAUGAUGUAGUUUUCUGCGCGGAUGAAUUGGAUUUAGAAGUUGUGAAAGUUGUCUGCAGUGACUUUUUAACUACUUCUUUAAAUGAAGAGAAUAUAAUUUUGCAUUACUGUCUUGCAUAUAAUAACAAAUUAGAAAAGGCAAUAACAAUGUGCACUGACUUCAUAGCAAAAAAUUUUGAGCAAACCAAAAAACAUCCCUAUUUUGUUCUACUCUCCCCUGAACAACUUGAAAAUAUUUUGAAGCACAAAGAUAUCAUAUGUGACACUGACAAUGUUUUAGAAGUUCUCGCAAGCUGGGUGGAUUAUAACGUUCCAAUGAGAAUUUCACACGUUGAAUAUUUGUUUUUGUUUAUCCCUCCUCAUCAAAUAAAUGUUGAAAAGAUCAAGUCAACGAUCAACAAAAAGCAAUCAGCAUCAGUCAUAAUCGGUGAAACAAAGGACGAAAUACAAGAAAUUUCUGACAAAAUGAACAAAAGCCAUCCAGAUGACUGGAAACUUAUAUUUGGCAAAAAAAAUUCCUCUAAAACCGAAACGGAAAAACAUGGCUCCGAUGUAAUUGAAAAGCUUAAAAAAGAAGAAAAUUUUGGCGGACUCUGUAAAUAA